CGCGCCGCUGGCGCUGCGCUCGGAGCGCGUGUGGGUCGCCGCCGGACGCCGCGGGUCUGUAGGGCUUUGAAAUUUCUGGCGGGGAAGCGCAGAGUUCGAGCUCCCCCGAGGGUGGGAACCGAAGUGACGGCCCGAGGGAGCUGCCGGUCCGGGCGCUUCUGCGGCGGGACCGGCCGGGGCUCGGGCGCGCACGUGCGGGCGCCGCCGAGGGAGUGCCGGGCGGUGUCGCCGGCGGCCGGGCCCGGAGCGCGCGCGUGUGCUGCGCCCCGGGAUGCUGCGGCGCCCGGACUGCACCCGAGUCGGCCGCCGCCUGCCCCGGCUCGCCUGGCCUCAGCUCCGGCAAGGGCAGCGCCGCUGCCGCUGAGUCCCCGAGGGGAUGCCGGCGGGCCUGACGGAGCCGGCGGGCGCCGCUGCUCCGGGGGUCGCCAGCGCCUCUGGGGCCGUGACCAUGGCCCCCGCCGCCGCGCUGCCCGUGCGGGUGGAGAGCGCCCCGGUGGCCCUGGGCCCUGUGACUAAGGCUCCUGUCAGUGUCUGCGUGGAGUCCGUGGCGCCCCAGCCCCUGCCAUCCCCAGUGGGGACUGUAGUGACCAAAGUGGUUCCUGUCACCGCUCUUCCUAAACUCGGCGGCCCGAGGCUGCCCGCUCCUCAGAUAGUCACCGUGAAAACUCCCGGCACCACGACGAUCCAGCUGCCUGCUAAUUUGCAGCUGCCUCCAGGAACAGUUUUGAUCAGAAGUAACAGUGGUCAGUUGAUGCUGGUAUCUCCUCAGCAAACUGUAACAGGAGCCAAGACCACAAGUAAUGUUGUAACUCCAAGGCCAGCAGUACCAGUCAACACUCCAACGGUCAAGAUCUGUACAGUGCCGAAUUCCAGCUCACAGUUAAUGAAGAAAGUGGCAGUGGCUCCUGUCAAUAAUUUGACCCAGACAGGAACUACUGUGGCCACCACUGCCCCUGGUGCUUCCUCAGGACAAUCUGUGGCUGUACCUCCCGUCAAGCCAGUGAAUACUGUAACUAUCCUGAAGCCAUCAACUUUGGGAGCAGUGUCUACCCCCUCAAGUGACUCCAGUCUCAAAGCAGAGACCUCAGUAGCUGCUCAGACUAGUCUUACUCCGACAGUGCUAGAAAAUGUGAAAAAAUGUAAAAACUUCCUUUCAAUGUUGAUAAAACUAGCAUGUAGUGGAUCACAGUCUCCAGACAUGGGGCAGAAUGUGAAGAAGCUGGUGGAGCAACUUUUGGAUGCAGAAAUUGAAGCAGAAGAAUUUACUCGGAAACUAUAUAUUGAACUCAAGUCUGCACCUCAGCCACACCUUGUACCUUUUCUUAAGAAGAGUGUGGUUGCCUUAAGACAGCUUCUCCCUAACUCCCAGAGCUUCAUUGAGAACUGUGUUCAGGAGGUCUCUGGGGAGGUGGUCAUUGCCUCCUCUUCCACAACAGCCACAACUUGUCCUGUGCCGACAAGUACGGUCGCCCCAGUCCUCGUCUCCGGAGCAGCAGCCGCAGCAGCCAGAGCGCUGUCUGUCCAGACUCGGAAUCCCCUUUCUGGUCCCGGAGGAGCAAACCCUGGAGCUGGGGCACUGCGCCCCGUGGUCCCCGCUGCGGGGGCAGGAGGAGCACCUGCCACUGUUGUGCUGCAGACCUCCAGACCACUGACAACCCCGGGUCCGAGUGCAGUGACAGCCGUCUCUCUGCAGCCCGAGAAGCCAGCAGUCGUGUCCGGGGCAGCAGUCACCCUGGCCCUUCCUCCAGUGACCUUUGGAGAGACUUCAGCUGCACAUGCUCCUCUCUGUCUUCCGUCUGUGAAGCCUGCCGUUACCUCUGCUGGGACCCAACCUGAUACACCCGCCAUUGGCCCUCCAGUCCAGAUCAGACUUGCACAGCCAGGCCCCCUUCUUCCACAGGCAGCCGGCAUUCCACAGGCGGUCAAAGUCAAGCAACUAGUAGUCCAACAGCCUUCAGGAGGCAAUGCAAAUCAAGUGACCGCCAUUUCCUAUUCCUCACCAUUGACCACUCAGAAAUGUGGUCCAAAGACGCCAGUGAACGCUAUAGUGCCUACUACUUCCAUCAUAAAGCAAAUUACUCUGCCUGGAAAUAAACUUCUCUCACUUCAAGCUCCAACAUCAUCUAUUCAGAACAAUAAAAUAAAAGAGAAUGGAGCAUCAUGCUUCAGAGGUGAAGAUGAUAUCAAUGAUGUGACUUGCAUGGCAGAGGUCAACCUUGAUGAAGAAAAUGCCUGCAUCUUAGCAACACAUUCUGAAUUUGUUGGCACACUUAUUCAGUCAUGUAAAGAAGAACCAUUUCUUUUCAUUGGAGCUCUGCAAAAGAGAAUUUUAGACAUUGGUAAGAAGCAUGACAUUACGGAACUUAACUCUGAUGCUGUGAACUUGAUCUCCCAUGCAACACAGGAGAGAUUACGAGGCCUUCUAGAGAAACUGACUACGAUUGCUCAGCAUCGAAUGACUGUUUACAAGGGAAGUGAAAAUUACGUUUUGUCUACUGAUACCAGAUCACAGCUCAAAUUUCUUGAAAAGCUGGAUCAAUUGGAGAAACAGAGGAAGGAUCUAGAAGAAAGAGAGAUGUUACUAAGAGCAGCCAAGAGCCGUUCCAAUAAAGAAGAUCCAGAGCAGCUGAGAUUAAAGCAGAAAGCCAAAGAGUUGCAGCAACUUGAGCUCGCCCAGAUCCAGUACAGAGAUGCUAAUCUCACGGCUCUUGCAGCUAUUGGACCACGGAAGAAGAGACUGCUAGAGUCAGGAAACGAGGGCUUCAAAGAUAACCCUUCUGCUUCUGGGACGUCCAGCCUAACGGCCACCAAACCAUUGCUUCGUCCAAGAAUCACAAGAAUCUGCCUCAGGGACUUGAUAUUCUGUAUGGAACAGGAAAGAGAGCUGAAGUAUUCUCGAGCCCUAUACCUUGCCCUUCUGAAGUGAUCACUCCAUUCAUCCGUCCAGACGCUCACUGUUUACUGCCAAAGAAGAUAUAGAGAGCAUUGUUGCACUGUCCUGAAAUCUACUCUGGAAAAUAGUCACCAGUAUGGAAGACCACUGUUUACACUGACCAGCUUUUUCUUUUUAAACUUCAUCUUGUCUGUAUGUACUGUGGAUUCUUGAAGAUGAGAAUUCAGAUACUUUCUGAAAGUCAGUACCAAGUAUACAUUAUACGGAAGUAUCACCUACCCACCUGUAUUUAAUUACAGCAGCUAGGGGCUCCCUCUUACAACCUGUGUUUCUGUUUGUUUUGUUUUUUCACACCAUAGCAAUAAGGUGCCCCCUCUGCUACAGGCUGCAUCUAAACAUAGGAGAAAGGAAGAAUCAGAAUGUAUCCUAUACUGGACCUGUCUCCUAGUGUUAGAUUUUAUGUCUGCAAUUAGAAGUUACUUAGCUAACUGUGACAGUUACUUUCUGGAAUUGAAGUGUGACAAGCCACAGAGUAGGGUCAGUAUCAACUUGGGUUAGUUGAGCUAGAAUUACAAACACAGCCAAUGGGACCAUUUGUGCCUGAGGUUGCUGACUGUCUGGCUCCCCACACUGUACUGUCAUGAUAGCUAGUGAAGGGCAUCCUUGUCAGCUAAGUUUUAAAACUGAAGUUGCUACUGAUAUACCUCACUAAAAAAUGGAAGAGCUAGUACUAGAAGGAGUAUGAGGCCUUGCAUUCAAAUUGUCAAAAGAAAAAUGAAAAUGCAUUAUGAAGCAGAUGUGUGCACCGUGUGCCCAAGGAGGGUGGCUGCACUUGAAAUGCCAGAGCUGGUCUUUGUUUUGCUGGUGGCAUAAACAAACAAACAAACAAACAAAUGAACACAUAGCUCAUAGGUCAACCAAAGAAGAAAACCUGGCAAACAUUUAGUUACAGUAUUUCAAAAGAGGACAGUUUGUUUUUAUAUUAUUUUAAUUCCCAAGAUGGAAUUCAUUCUUUCUUUUGUAAAGAAUCUCUCAGUUACCCUAUGUUCAAGCAUCUAGUGCUUUUCAAAACUUGUAACUGCUGGCCAGAACAUCCUAGGACACCCUUGGAAUUGUCAACUUACGAGGUGCUCUCAGUGUCUCACCCGUGGGGGUGUGGCUCUACAUGUGAACAGCACAUUGUGCACCACUCUCUGAGGAAGCUGCUGUUCAAGGCACCCCCCCCACACACCGGUUUUUAAAUCUACCUGUGCAGAUAAUAGCUGACAAAAAAUAAUAGUGGAAUUGAAAUCACAUGCUGCAAGAAUGCCACACCCUCCAAGAAGAUAACUAAAGGAAAAUGCUAGAGGAAGGAUUCAGGGGAAACACCUCUAGUAUAUCACUCUCCAUCCUGUUCUUCCCACAGAGUCUUAUGGACAUAUUCUAUACUGUUGUAAGAGUUUAAUUGGCCACAAUUUUUGUUUUAGCAAGUUAUGUAAAAUGCCGUAAAUUAUGUAUAUGUUAAAAAUGUAACUUAACAAGAAAUCUAUACCCAAAGUUGUUUUGUAUAUUUAAAUGCUUAGCUUUAUUUUUCUGUAAAGUGCACUGUGCUCCCACAUUUAUGUAAACUUAUUGAUCAGAUGUUUAAAAUUAUUUCAGAUCACCAUUAAAGUAAUUAUUUUAUGAUUAAAAAAAAAAAACAACAAAACACAAAAGCUUUGCUCAGUCACUGACUUUGCAGCAGUUUUCAUUAGUUGCCAGUCCCCGAAGGACUCAGAUCUGCCUGGCAGUGAGUCUGUUAUUUAUUUUGGACUAUGAACAUUUGGUUCUGGAAUCUCACUUAGAUCUAGGUUGCUUUAUUACUUCCUUUGCAAUAGUUGUGAAUUUGCCUGUUGUAUGACUCACAAAGAAAGCUAAACAUCGUUAUUACAGAAGUUUACCUUGACCCAUUGAGUUUUUCUUACCAAGAUUGUUUUUCAAAAUUUUUAAUAUAAAACCUUUGUGAUAUA